AGACAAAAUGGCAGUUGAGCCAACAAGGAAACGUUACUGCAUGCCAAUGGCGGUUUAAACAAUUUGGAUUUCUGGCGAUUGUCGUCGCUCCAUAAUGAACGGCAGGAAUCGAGGCAAGAAUUUUCUUUUUAGUUUCCUAUUUAUCGUUGUUGAAAGGAUUGCUGUUAUCAAUAGCCAAGUAUGGCCGCAGGGUACGUAUGGUCUGCCUAAACCAGUAUCAGGAUGUCCAACAACUUGGCAAGAAGGCUGGAGACAGCAAGACUUAGAAAAUACGAAUUCAAAAAGCAGUUUUUCCACUCAUCUACAGUCGCACAUGGAGGCAACGUUGAACGGAGGCGAUGUGAAAAGAUAUUUUUGUGUCAAAGAUUCCACUCAUGUCGGAGAAACAAGGGCAUGGCCUGCAGGUUCUUACUGUGUGUAUAAAAAGAAUCAGCAGUGUCCCUCUGGUAUGAAAACUCAGUCAGGUUAUAUAAAAUGGGAUGAUGAAGAUACCAAAAACAAGAACAGUAAAUAUGGUACUCUACCUGAGGGCACUUAUGACCAAGACACAAAGAUUUUUUACUGCUGCAAUGAUCGAGGACAAUGGAACGAUGCUAUUGAGUUACCUGUGGAUAAACCAUUCUACUUAUUACCAUUCAAUUCUAACAACUGCCAAAGAGUUAAUGGAGCAAUAAGCUCACUGGAUUACAUCGUUUAUGACACCGAAGAAACACAAAAUCAUGAUGAUUUUUCUCAAGGACCGCGUGUUUUUUCAGAUUCCAAUAAAGGCCUUCCUAAGAUUUACUACUGUUAUUACGAAGGUUGCAUGCACAAAAGUCAAAAAGAAAGUGGAACAAUUUCAACCACGCAUUUCCCAGACUAUCAAUAUUGUUCAUGGUCUAUUACUGUCAAUCAAGGCUCUGUUGUUUCUCUAACACUCACAUCAAUAAACAUUCCCAGUUGCACGGGAAACUACAUGAAUAUUUACGACGGCGUGGAUGAUAAUGCGUCGUUGAUGAUGAGCCUUUGUGGAAACAACGCAACGUCAGGAGUAAGACUUCGUACCACGACGAACAACAUGUUUAUCAUACUGAAAUCUAGAUUAAGUAGUGGAAACAUGCACUUUCAAGCGGACUACAAGACAACAACACCCUUCUCUGGUCUAUCCUGGCCAUCUGGUACUUACGGUUUGCCCAAAACGACCACACCAUGCCCUGAUAUGUGGAUACCGGGUUGGAGAAAGCAAAUCAUGGAGGAUGACAAACAACCUGCGGAGACUUCUCUUUCUACUAAUCUGAAUAUGCACAUGGAUGUACAUUUAAUUGGUUCUGCCCUUACACGUCAUUUUUGUACCAAAACUAGCGAUGGUACAAAAGAUACGACUGCUUGGCCGGCAGGAAAUUAUUGCAUUUAUAAAAAGAACCAAUGCCCGUCCGGCAUGAAAGAUGGUUUUAUCAAAUGGGAUGACGAAGAUAAUCCAAAAAGUGGUAGCAAUGCUAGACAUGGUGUAUUACCUGAUGGUGAAUAUGGUAAACAUGGCGGCGUUCCCUCCGAUACAAAAAUAUUCUAUUGCUGCAAUGAUCAAGGAGCGUGGAGUCAAUCAAUAGAACUUCCGAUCGAUGAGCCAUUCUACUUAUUACCUUACCAGUCUGGAAAUUGUCAACGUGUCAAAAAUGCUUUGAGUACGCUUGAGUUUAUCACUUAUGAUACUGAAGAAGACAAUAACUAUGAUGACUUCCAAAAUAGCUAUGCUUAUAAAACAGGGUACAAAAGACUACCGACAGUAUAUUAUUGCUAUUAUAAAGGUUGCAAUAACAGGUAUGAGGGCAACAAUGGUGGUUUUGGUUUUCACAAUUAUCCUGAUUAUCAGUAUUGUUCAUGGACCAUCACCGUCGAACACGGUUUAGUAGUUUUUCUUAGAUUCUCUACUCUUAACAUUUCUGAUUGCUCGGAAAAUCAGCUUGGAAUUUACGAUGGAAUUGAUAGCGAUAGCCCAAUCUUGGCGACAUAUUGUGGAGCAAACGCAACCUCUGGAAAUACGCUGCUUUCUACGGGAAAUGUUGUCUACGUAGCUUUUAAGUCCGGAAGACGUGGAAAAUCUUUAGGAUUCCAAGCUCAAUACGAAUCUAAGACACUAAUUACAGAAACAUCAUGGCCAUCCGGAACCUAUGGUUUGCCAAAAACAACGGGAAGUUGUUCAUCUGGCUGGGUACAAGGCACAAGAAAGCAAAAUAUGGAACAGAGUGGAGUAUUUCACGGUGCUACUUCCUCUCAAUAUGAUAUGGAUGCAAUUCUGGAUAAAAAAAAAAGAUCCAUCGCAAGAAAAUUUUGUAUGAAAACGUCAAAUAAUGGCAAUUCUAAGAUGUGGCCAGUUGGAUCAUACUGUAUUUACAAGAAGAAUACCUGCCCAAAUGGGAUGGAUGAAGGUUCCAUAAAAUGGGACGAUGCGGACGACAAGAGAAAUCCAGACGUCGAGGGUGUUCUACCAAAUGGUAAAUAUGAUGAUCAUUCUACGAAGAUAGACUAUUGCUGUCGCAAUCAGGGCAAUUGGUAUGAUCCAAUUGAACUACCAGUUAGUGUAUCAUUCUUUUUGCUACCAUAUACGACCAAGAAUUGUCAGCGUGUGAAGUGGGCGAUGAGUCGGCUGCAGUAUAUAAUAUAUCAAACCGAGGAAUCUCAGAACCAGGAUUAUUUCACGGGAAGUCAUGUAUAUGCAGAAAACAUAAACAGAAACCAUUAUACACCACGUACUCUUUAUUAUUGCUAUUAUAAAGGAUGCAACUAUCAAAUAGACGCUGAAUCUGCUUCAUAUAUCUCUGUCCCAAUUUCUUCAGACCAAGAUUUCAAACAUUGUUCUUGGUUGCUCUCAGUAAGAUACGGAAACAUCAGUGUAACUUUCAACACGGCGUCUGUAACUGACUGUGCAAAAGGCGACCUCCUUCGGGUCUAUGACGGUCCUAAUGAUAAAUCAAAUUCUUUGGCAAAUAUCUGCGGUACCGAAUACAAUCAUAGUAUCACAUCGACUGGUAAACAUCUAUUUGUGUCGGUUAAAUCAGGAUAUAAUAGGCAAAUGGGAACCACUGUUGGUUUUCAUGCCUCUUUUAAAAACAAUCUACCAUUUAGCAUAAUCGUUUCAACACCAUCCAUGGCCUCACAUUCCACUCCUCCGACUACACCUGCCUCCACUCCACCCACUACACCCGCCUCCACACCAAAGACUACACGAGCUUCCACUCCACCGACUACACCCGCCUCCACACCAAAGACUACACGAGCUUCCACUCCACCGACUACACCCGCCUCCACACAACCAACUAAACGAACUUCGACACCACCGACUGCACGAACGUCGACACCACCGACUUCGCAAACUUCCACGCCAUCAAAGACAUUACCAGCGACAUUGCCCCUAACGACACCUACAACGGCAUUAAAAAUGACAACAUCAUCGAAAAAGCGAUCUACCUCAGCAUCGGACACGGGCGCCACCUUGACAACACAAAAUAGUUCAGCUGCUACCAAGGUUCCAAUAGAUACAGAUAAAACCACACACACAGAGGCGUCUCGUUCUAAAACCAUGAACACUGACAAACCAACAGGCAUCAAUACACCAACAACAAGUAAAGCUGGCAACCAAGGUGGCAACUCAGAACACAAUGACAGUCCAGUUUCCGCUCUUGUCUAUGUUAUUCCUGUGUGUCUUACAUUCUUAGUCACAGUCAUAAUCGUUAUGCUUUUCUAUCGCAGAAAAAAGAAAGAUAAUCCGACACAAGGGGCUCCUAAUGAGACAAUUCACCCAUCAAGUCCAGAAUUUAAUCCAAGAUUUCAAUCUCCUGAUAAAGUGUUCAUUUUGGGCGGACAACAAGUUAAUAUUCCGUCAGACGAGAAGGAAAAUCCACUUUACGAAACUCAAGAAGAACACACAUAUUGGUCAAUUGAAGAUACGCAAAAACAGUAUAAGAAGGAAAUUGGAAACUGCCCUUCCAAAAGUACUUUUUACGAGACACCAUUAGACUCAGGAGCUUCAACAUCAUCCCUCAAUCCUUACGAGAUUUCUCCUGUAAAAGCUGCUAAACCGUCAAAUAUACCUCCUGAAGAUAAUACUUACGAUAAACCAGUUGACAGCCUCGCUUCCAUGUCAUCUUUCAAUCCGCUUUACAGCAGCGAAAGCACAAAUCAUGAGGCACCUUUGCUAUCUGACGUACCAAGUACUUCUCACGAUACAACCGAAGCCUACUAUAAAAAUCCAGCGAACCCAUACAACAAAUUACCCAAGAGCGAUAUCUACAAAACACCUAGCAAUGUUUCUCAAACAGACUCAGGAAAUCAACAGGCCCAGACUACAUAUGAAAAUUUCUCUCUCACCGACCACAAUCCACAUUAUCAAACGCCCAACAAUAAGCCUGACACUUAUGAAGUAAUGCACGGAAAACUUGUAGUCGACCUUUCGGAAGAAACAGGAAUGACCCAAUGUUAAGGCCCAAGGCGACAUACACUGCCUAUGCAUAUUAACUGUAUAUCAUCACAUGCACAGCCGUAUGAUAGGGUUGAUCGAUGCAGGUCUUUGCACAUAUUUUUAUCUGAAUAUUCAAUUAUUUUUCGUACCUAUAUUAUCCUAAUAAUUGCGACGCCUCUUUUAGCAUUACCCGACCAGUCAUAAUCCCUUCCAUAUUUAUAUUCAGACGGAUUUUUGUUAACUUUUCCGUCUCUAAUACGAAUUCGGCUAUUUCGGCGAUGGACCCAAAAGGACCGAAAUUCUAAAAAGGGACAACAGUAGGGCCGUAACGAGUUUUAUUAGUGUUGUUCGCGGUAAGCGUGUUAUAUAGAAGCGAAUCUAGGGUAACUCCUGGUUCUUCUGCACUGAAGUAGAAUAAGAAUUCCAAUGUACAUUUUUUAUUACCUGCGAUGCGCAAGAAAGAAAGAAGAAGGUUUCUCAGGGUCGAUUUGUAGUUAUCACACUACGUUUAAGUUUCAAGGCAUAUAUCUUUUUAGUCCUAAUCAGCUGAAAAAGUAUAUAUUCGAUAGAAAGAUGUAAUUGGAGUGUUAACGUAUACCGAAGCGAAUUAAGCUCUCAAAAUUAAGCAAUAUUUCCAGAAACGACGAUCAGUUGGUGUCCAUCGUGCUUAAUAUGGAUAUGGUGCCUGCAUUUCAGAUUGCUGCAUGGGCAUACUUUGUCAGAGAUAGCAGCUUGAGGAUAGUUUGAAGGGUUUUGAAACACCACGCACGUUGAUGCAUAUUAGCGAAAUUUAGCAAACACACGACGUGACGCCUAAGAUGCCGUGAAAAUGGCGUGGAUAUGGUGUAAUCACAACCAUAGAUGGACAUAUCACGCCAUAUCCACGCCAUUUUCGUGACGUGCCAGGCACAUAUGAGCUAUAUAUAGCAGCUAUAUAUAGCUCAUCUGUGUCCUAGGCGUCACGUCGUGUUUGCAAAAUUAACUGACUUGCUUUGCACAACCAAAUAUGCAUGUUUAUGUAUGCCUUUACUGCAUGAAGUCGAGAAAGAAUUCUUUUGUCA